UCUCUAAUUCUCAUCAUUAUCAUGGAGCCCAACAGUCCCAAAAAGAUACAAUUUGCUGUGCCUUUAUUCCAGAGUCAGAUUGCACCCGAAGCGGCUGAGCAGAUCAGGAAAAGGAGACCUACACCAGCAUCACUUGUGAUUCUCAAUGAACACAACCCCCCAGAGAUAGAUGACAAGAAGGUGACCAACACACAAGCAGAAUCACAGAAUGCCUCCCCUAAGCAAAGGAAGCAGAGUGUGUACACACCACCCGCCAUGAAAGGGGUUAAGCAUAUGAAAGGCCAGAACGAAUCAGCAUUCCCUGAAGAAGAAGAAGGCGUAAACGAAAGAGAAGAGCAGGGGGACCAUUAA